UAUGUUCGGAUGAGGAGGAACGAGCCGAUGAGAUUCAAGCAUCUAGCCUUUAUCCCAUUGAUGUUGGUGGGGAUAUGGGUGGUCAGCUGUGAAGGUGGAGAAAAAAAGAGACCUGAAGAUGGACAAUAUCUUCAUGUCUCCCCAGCAGAAUGGGAUGUGACACUCACUGGUAACGACUCUAGAUGUUUUGGAUGGCUGGAGAUUUUUCAUGAAGAGAAUUGGAAGAGAAUUUAUAGCAACAGCUGGAAGCAGCAGAAUGCAGAAGUUGCAUGUAAACAGCUUCAUUGUGGUCCCCUUUUAGGCAUGCUGAAUCAGACUUCUUUAUCACCAGAGAAGCAAGUCGGUUGCAUGAUAAUAGGCUGCCAGGGGAAUGAGACUACCCUGAAGGACUGCAAACCGCAUAAAUCUAACUGCACACAGUAUCUGAACGUGGCCGUAUUUUGUCAAGACCCCAUUAAAACCUCUUCUGACUUACUCCAAACAUCAGCACCAUUGGUGACCUCAUCAAAGACGCCCGACCCUCCAAGGACAAGACUGGAAGAUGGAACCUCACUGUGUUCUGGGAAAGCAAGACUACACUUAGGAGACCACUGGGAAAUGGUCUGCCUUGGUUUACAAAGAUGGUGGACAAAACUGGCCCCCAUGGACUGCCAGCAAGCAAACUGUGAUGAUGCAACAGGGAUACAGGACCAGGGGAGGAUGCAGCAGCCUGAGCAGUGGGCCAAGGUGCAGUGUGAGAAAAUGAAUCUUAGCUUGGAGUGCUUGAACAGGACCAAGGAAUGCUUGAGUGUAAGCUUAAUAAAAUGUACAGGCCAAGAUGCCAAACCGGUGUCAUAUACAGAAACAAUCCUGAAAAUCCUCUUAGGUCUUGUUCUGACAGCAGUCUUCCUGGUUAUCUGCAUACCCCUUACCUAUAAAAAAUUGGUGAAGAAAUAUUCCAAGAAGCAGCAGCACCGGUGGAUUGGUCCAAAUGGAGUGAACCAAAAUGUUUCAUUCCAUCGCAAGAGCUCCUCAGCUUUCCAGCCACAACCUGAAUGCCAAGGAGUUCAGGACGAGGAGAAAGCCCAUAUCCAAGGCCUCAAAAAAAAUUCCUACCUCUCACCCUAUCCAGCUCUGGAAGGGGCAACUCACAGAUCUUCCAACCCCUUAGACUACUCCUCUGACAGUGACUAUGACUUAUGUUCUGCACAACAACUAUAAAAUCUCCCUGACAGGAACAAGCAAAAUUCAGCAACAGGAAAAAUGGGAGGAGGAAGAGGACACAAAAAAAAUCCACUGUUUUUUCACUAAUCACUGUAAAUACCAGUUGCAACUUGUUUUCACCAUCUUCAUAAGAACAUGAUGGUUAAGUAUACUUUUUUUUCUACACACUGAGAAGAAUUACUAUAUCUUUCCCCCUUUCACCCAAGUGAUAAAAAUAAAAUAAAUAAAAUAAAAAUAAAAUCUGUUAGAUUUUUUUUCAAGUCCAAGCAAACUUCAACAGUGGGAUUUUGAAUGUAUCAAUCUGUAGGUCUAGAAGAUGUUCUUAGACUUAUAUCUUAGUAGUACUACUAGUACUAAAAUAAUAACUUAAAAACUAGGGCUUCUGCAGCCUGAGGGAUUGGUAAUCCUUAUUUGGGCACCCAAAAAUGUUAAGAUCCUGGCAAACACUACCAGCUAGAAUUUCUAGAAACAUGAGCAACUUUGGAAAGGUUCAGCAGUCACAUGCAUAAGAGGUGGUCCUCAAUAGGCAGUGCAGUUGACGGGAUGAUUUUAGUUAGCCAGAGGAGUGGUAAUUAGAAAGUAGGGAAAGCUACUAUUUGAACCAAAGCUCUUUAGAGCUUCCAAGCGUAAAGGCAUAUACCUGUAUUUUAUUUAUAGAUGUGCUGUAACUGAGCAGAUA